GGCACAGGCACGGCGCCACCGAUUGGUCCUGCUGAUUCAUCCCUCUGUGAGAGAGAGAGAGAGAGAUAGAUAGAGAGAGAGAGAGAGAGACGCCUUUUGGCUCACUUUGAUCUCUGAUCUUUGAAGAAGAUCUUUGGGAGGCGGGGAGGAGGUUUGUUCUUGUUCCGUCGGAGAUUGCGUUGCAUAUUUGUGUAUUUAUUUUGCCAACCAAUCAAUCAACAUUUACAUUUGGGGGCAGCAAAAGUGAUAAGAGAGAGUGUAGCAGUAAAUAAUUGCUAGGGUUUUUGGCUGCCUGCAGAAGAAUGAAAGCAAGGACAACCCAAUCCCCAUUCUUCUUUCUGCUGCUGCUGCUAUGCUUGGCAAUUUUACUUGGUAGAUCCGCUUCUCUUCCCUCCAAAGACCUACUCGGAAUUGAUCCCCAAGAUGAGUUUUAUUACAAGCCACUGUUAUCGUCGUCGGCUACUAUCAAGUGCAGAAACGGAUCGAAGAAAUUCAGCAAGUCUCAGCUUAACGACAACUUCUGCGACUGCCCUGAUGGCUCAGACGAGCCUGGAACAUCAGCGUGCCCCCAUGGCAAAUUCUAUUGUCGCAAUGCAGGCCAUGUUCCACUUUCCAUAUUUUCAUCCCGGGUCAAUGAUGGUAUUUGUGAUUGUUGUGAUGGUAGCGAUGAGUAUGAUGGUAAAGUGAAGUGCCCAAACACAUGUUGGGAGGCUGGAAAAGUUGCCAGAGAUAAGUUGAAGAAAAAGAUUGCAACUUAUCAGGAAGGAACAGCUCUGCGAAAGCAGGAAGUUGAAGAAGCAAAGCUAGCACUAGCCAAGGAUGAGGCAGAGUUAUCAAAACUGAAAAAUGAGGAGAAAGUACUUAAAGGGCUUGUUGAACAGCUUAAGGAGCACAAGGAACGUAUAGAAAAAGCAGAGGAGAAAGAACGAUUACAGAAAGAAAAAGAAGAGAAAGAAAAGAAAGAAGCCAUGGAAGCUGAAAGGGCAAAAAAUGAAGAUGUGGAUGAAGCUGCCAACCAAGGAUUGCCUGUGGAAAGUACAGAUCAUGAUAAAAUUGGGCCGUUGGAGGACUCUCCUCUAGAUCAGGAUGUAGAACACCCCAAUGACUUUGUAAAUGGAGUUGAACAUACUGAUAAUUCUGGAAAAGGACUUCCAAAGAGUGAAGUACAAGAGGAUAUCAAAGAACACUCCAAUGAAUUCCUACAUGAAGUAGAACGUACAGAUAACUCUGGAAAUGAAGAACUUGCAAAGAAUGAAGUACAAGAGGGUUCUGUGAAGAAAGAUGAAGAGUCUCCAAUUUCUCAUGAAUCUGAUCCUGCCAUUAUAAGCACGGAAAAUGCUGCAUCAGAGAAUGCUGAAUCUCUAUCAAAGGAGGAGCUUGGUCGUCUUGUUGCUUCCCGUUGGACUGGAGAAAGUACAGGGCAGCAAAGUAGGGAUGUUGAUGCUGUGAAAGAUAACCUUGAAAGCUCUGAGGAGACAUUGGAGAAUGCACAUCACGAGGAAUAUGAAGGGUAUGAUUCAGAAAUGGAUGAAGACUACCAAAAAUAUAUGGAUGACCAAGAAGACGACGACAAUAUGGAUGAAUCUGUAGAGGAUAAUGAUGAUACAAGUUCUUCAUACAAAUACAUGUCCGAUGAUGAGUUAGACUUGUCGGACAUAAUGACCCCAAGCAACCCAUCCUGGUUGGAGAAGAUACAGCAAACUGUGCGAAGCAUCCUAAAAGCUGUUAAUUUCUUCCAGACUCCUAUUGAUUUGUCAGAGGCUGCUCGUAUACGCAAAGAAUAUGAUGAAUCCAGUGCCAAAUUAUCUAAUAUACAAUCAAGAAUAUCAAGUUUGACAAAAAAGCUAAGACAUGAUUUUGGUCCAGACAAGGAGUUCUAUUCAUUCUAUGAUAAAUGCUUUGAGAUCAAGGAGAACAAGUAUGUUUACAAAAUUUGCCCAUUCAAACAGGCUACACAGGAGGAGGGCUACAGUAGAACUUGCUUGGGAAAGUGGGACAAGUUUGAUGACUCCUACAAAGUUAUGCAAUUUGCAAGUGGGGAUAAAUGCUGGAAUGGACCUGAUAGAAGUAUGAGGGUUAAGUUAAGGUGUGGAUUGAAGAAUGAGGUAACUGAUGUGGAUGAACCUAGCCGUUGCGAAUAUGUGGCCUUGCUAUCUACCCCAGCUCUUUGUGUGGAAGAAAAGCUGAAGGAACUGCAAGAGAAACUAGACAUGAUGAAUAAGGAGCAACCGCAGGGUCAUGAUGAACUUUAAAUUAUCGAGAUAAGAUUUAACAUGGAAGCAGCGGGGCAGGAGGUUGAUUCCUUUAGUUCAUUUCUCUCACUAUAUGCUUUGUAUUUUUCAUUACCUUUUGGGGGUAGAAUGGUUAGUUUCUUUGGGAAAGUUGAGAAGCAGCACUGUUGCAGGUUAUUUGAGAAAUGGGACUCAGCGUUGGGAGCUGCAAUUAUAGACAUUUUUUUUUUGGUUUGGGGGUGUCAGUGGAGCUCUAGCUUUUAACUUAGUAGUAAGAUUCUUCACAAAAUGUGGAAUGAAGGCUUUAACGCUGCGGUGCAGUGGAGACGCGGAGAGAAAGAAAGGCUCUCUAAUUGAGGGUGGGUUGGAAUUGGAAGGCGCAUUUUGGGAUUUUUGUAUGGUUGGUUAGUGCUGGGAAAGAACACUUUAGGAAAAAGAAAAGGAAACCCUUAGUAGUGGAGGAAGUAAUAAAAACAUCUGAUUUUUGCUUGCGUCUGCAACUGCUACUGUUGCUGCUACUUGUACGUGCUUUACUUUGUUCACAGCAAGCAAUGUCCCAUCUUUGCAUUGUUGGGUUUCCAUCGUGUUA